AUGAAUAAAACAUCUGUUAAACAACAAUAUCAAAAUGGUCAUGGUUACAUGCCGUCACUUCACCAAAUAUUGAACAUAUCUGAAAUAUUUUUAUUAAUAUUUAUUAUUUUCGAACACGUAUUAGUGUUUACAAUUACAUUAUGUUCAUCAUCAUCAGCUCAACAACAGCGACAACAAUCACAAGAAAACAAGACACAGUCAAAAUCUACAACAUCGACCUCUACCUUUCUAUUACGUUCAUGUGCAUAUCGAAACUGGAUUCGUGCAUUUUCAUUUUCAAAUAUUUCGUUAGCAAUUAUCUAUCUGACUAAUUUAAUAAUUAAGAAAUGUAGUAACAAUAAACUGUUACGUACUGGAUCUAUAUCCUAUUUAUCAAUAUCUAUUACAUUAUUAACACAGAUAUUUCAAAAUUUUUUUACAUUUCAUAAUUUUAUAUUAGCGGUAUGUGUAGUACAAUUUUUUUUCACAAAUUGUCGGCUGUAUCUAAGUCAAAUACACAUAACACCAAAUUUACAAUAUAGACCAAAACAAAUUAUAUUAAAUACUCAUACUAAUAUAAUAUUAAUUGUAUCCGCAUCAUUAGCACUAAUAUUUGCCUACAAUUUUAUAUUUUAUAUGCCUAAGCAUUCUCAGACCAGUGCAUUAUUUCCAUUGUUAAUGAUUAAUGUUCUUCUAUUACCCUUCUUGAAUAUACUUGUCAUUUUAAUGUGUAUUAUUGGCGUAUGUUUAGCGUUUUAUGUUAAAUAUGGAAAACGUCGAAAAUGCCAGCAACUUGAUAUUCGAGCAUAUUUAGAGAGUAAAACAUGUGUGAAAUGUUAUAAUAAUAUUUUGCAAGAACAUCCAACAAUUUUUGUAGAUAUUGACCCAUAUUCGAGUUUACAAUCAAAAUUUUUUGUUUCUAGUACUAAUACCAAUAAAUCGUCAUACAGUGCGCGGCAGUCUCUGCAACAAUUAACAACAACAAAUUCAUUACAACAAUUUUCAAGUUAUGAAUAUUUACCAAUGACACUAAUAACAAAGGCUGAUUUGUGUUCAACUGAUAUGCCCUACAAUAAUGUGAAACCACGUAUCUCUUACCCGUUUCAAUCCGAUAAACAUGAUAAAACGUAUCGUUCACAUACCGAUUGUGAUAUUUUACAUGAUACAGGUCAAACUACUACAAGUGAUGUUCAAAAACCUACAGCAACCUAUUUAUCAUCAACAAUACAAAUACCACCGGCAACAAUAUCAACAGCAACCAACGAUCAUUCAUUAUCAGCUGUACCAUUAUUGCCAAUAAACAAAGAGCAGUUAUCGUGCCGACGAAAUUAUCUUUUUCUAACUCUAUUUACAUUAAAAUAUGCUCUAUUGUCUCUACCAAUGAAUAUCAUCGAUCUGUGGCCAUAUAUGCUACAACUAAAACGGUUAAUUUUAACCGGCAAUCAUCUAGACAGAGUUACUGACACGUCAAUUGCCUCACCACCAUCAAUAUCUAGUGACUAUGUCUACAUAUCAAUUUGUCGUUGUUUAUUCUUACUAGCACGUCUUGGUGAUGUAUUACUACUAACUAAAGUGACGUUUUCUAUCGUAUCCUACCUACCAUGCUGGUGUCAAUUAAAUUGUUGUAAACAAAAUACUGAUAACUUUAAUGAAUCCAAUGAACAUUUAUCAUGUGGCGAAGAUUGCCUACCACUAGAUUUUAUUCAUAAAAACGCAUCACAUUACCAAUAUCAUCAUCAUCGACGCCGACGCCGACAUUCACCACGUCGUUAUAAAAUUAAAAUCCGUUUUGGUCUCCCAUGCUCGAAAAAAAAGUUCUUGAAAGGCCAUAUAUAA